AAGUAGUAUUUUUCUGAAAUGGGAAUUUACUGAUUUUCUACUGUUUUUAGUAUUCAAAUUGUGACAGACAAAAGAAAAGCUGUGACCUUUCCCUUUCUUUUUCCCCCCUCUCUGUGCGUACGAAAUGGGACUCUGAAGCACUCACAGCCUUUGUGUUUUCUCUUCAUAAUUUGACAAGAAUUGAAGGGAGACUCAUUUUUUUGCUGUAUAUGGUCUUGGAUCUUCUGCUUUCUGUUUCUUGAAAACUGAUUGUGGAAUGGGUUCACUGUUCUUUAUUCUUGAAUUAAGAUAAAAGUCUUUCUACAUAUGAGUUUCUUAUUGAUCUUGAAUGACAUGGCCUUGCUCCUUUCAUCAGGAGUUCAGGACAUUGCCUUUAUGAAUUCUGAAUUUUGUAUCGUGUGUUGAUUUAGUAUUCAACUUUCAAGCUUACAAUUCUUCCCCAGAAGAGUUCCAGUCGUUUACUAUAUCUACCUUGCCUGUAAUUUAGACAGAAAACAGUUAACUGUAGACUAGGAAUGGGAGAAAAUUCAAGAUUCAUCAAUUUAGACGGCACGGGACAAUUCACUUUUCUAAAUUAGAAGUCAGCUUUGGGUGAAACCAAGUGUUGAGGCCGUAUUGCGUCCCUAAGUUGUAUUAGAUAUUAAUUUGCUUUCCUAAUUCGAAGUUUAUAAUGAUAUGAACUAUGCAGAAAUGUUCCUUUGGUUUUCCAUAUUGCUUUAAAUAUUAAAUUAUGUGGUAUUAUACCUAUGUUAAUAUCUUUCAAUAACAUGUGGAGAACAGCUAAAUAAGUUUUCAGUCUACACCGAGUUGUUUCGAGUGAUCAAGGACAUGAAUUAUUUGUUGUUGCUUCAUGAAAGCGUAUAGUCCAUUACACUGCUCUCGCCGAUUGAUUGAUAUAUAAGUUUUAUCACUCUCAUUUGUUCUUGUUUGAUCUAAAACUACAAAGUUUCACCAUUUUGUAUAAUGAGAAUACUAUGUUUGUUUAUCUAACGUACAUUAUAUCUAACAGGUUGAUGAGUAUGGUAAUAAUGUUGGCAAGAGGGAAGUGCAAAAAGACUGUGAUAUUGAGAAAAACAGGCUGAUUUUGAGAAACUGGCUUUCUGUUUCGAUCUUUUAAGGUGGUUAAAGUUGAUUACCAAAUUUUUCGCUUAGGAGGGAAAUAGAAGUGUGACUAGUUUAUAGAAAUAUAAGGUAACUCAUAGAGAUUCGGGAGAUACUCAGAGCCUGAAAGGAUUCGGAAAUCGCUGUCCUUCUCAAUGGAACCAUCAUCCUUUACAGGGUCAUCAAAAAGGGCCAAGGCCCCUGGCAAUAUUACUCAAGUCGCUAAUUGCCUGGUUGAUGGGUGUAAUGCCGAUUUGAGCCUAUGCAGGGACUAUCACCGACGACAUAAAGUCUGCGAAACUCACUCAAAGACACCUAAGGUUACAAUUGGGGGUCGAGAGCAGCGCUUCUGCCAGCAGUGCAGCAGGGUCAGUGGUUUCAGGGAAAUUUACGACAACCGGAGGAGACGGAAGCCUCAGCCCGACUCUAUAAGCCGAAGCUCGGGACUCGUUUUCUCCAACCAACAAGGUCUUUCAGGUACAAGACUUUUAUCCUUCACUAGUCCACAAAUUCUGCCAAGUGCUGUUGUAGGCUCGUCUUGGCCCGUGGUCGUCAAAGCCGAGAAUGAGAUGCUGAUGUAUAGCAAUCAGCAGCAGCAGCAGCACCUGAACUAUGCCGAGAGAAGAAACUCAUUUCCGGAUCAGUGCUCAGCUCACAGCUACAAGGUGGUAAAUAAUCAGCUUCAGUUCAUGCAAGGCAGUGACCGUGCCGUCCAAGAAGCCUCAAUCUGUCAACCGCUUCUUGAUCCAAAUGCUGCGUCGGGAAGUAGUAACUGUAGUAGCCACAAAAUCUUCUCCGAUGGGCUGAAUCAAGUCGUUGACUCCGAUCGUGCUCUCUCUCUUCUGUCAUCGGCACAACCCAUAACGAGGGAGUUUGGUUUGAACCAGACCGACUCACUCCCCCAGGCACAGUCGUUAGUUCACAACUUGCACUACAGCGGCUUAGGCCAGUACCCGUUCAUUCAAGAAAGCAAGCCAGUUGUUUCUGCCACCGACGACUCCCAUGGUAGCAAUGCCUCUACCGUAAAUUUUCCAGAAAUGUUUCAGCAGGGGCCCGAGGGAUCAUCGACGUGUGGAUCCCAUCAAACUCUCACGUUCAUGUGGGAGUAGACGAGCCGAGUUCUUGUUGCUCUGUUAGUGAAUUUGGUUGUGUUGAUUAAUGAUGGAAUUCUUUGUAACCUGUCUCUAACGUUGCAUGCUGCUGGUCCCUUUAGCCUGAACUGUUUGUGCUUCUGCGAGUGUUUACGUUAUGUCCAAAAUGAAGAGACUUCUUUUCUCGAAAUGAAGAGACUUCUUUUCUCGAAACGCAGUAUACUGGAAAUUUUAGUUCAAAUUGAAUAUCGUCAAACAUGAACCGAUUACAAUGAGUAUAAUACACUUGUUAUCUGAUCGGUA